AUAUAGUAUAGUAGAAAAAUAGCUGGACUUGGGAUCAGAAAAUGUAGUUUUGAAUUCUACCUAUGUGAACAUGGUCCUUCCCUGGGCCAUCUCAUCUAGGAAAUGAUAAGAGUUGGACCUCAUGAUCUCUGAGGUACCUUACAACCACUAAAUCUAUGUGUCUCCAUGGUCUUCCUGUAUCAAAUUAUAAGCCACAUGAGAAUGAGGGACUGUAUUUCUGUUUUUAUUUUGUCUCAUUCGAGUCCAUUAUCCAACUUUUAGGAGGUACUUGGUAAAGACUUGUUGAAAUGAUGUAGAUUGAAUAGAGAUGAGCCGUUUUAGCCAAAAUGGGAGAUGGAAAGAGGCAUUAUAGAGAGCAGAUUCAUCUUUUCUACUAAGAGAAUCAGAUGAUCCAAAAAUCACAAGGGGGAUUGAUUAGGCUGCUUAAGUGAUGUUGUGUCAAUGGAAGUACUUGGGAAGUCCUUGCCUAAAAUGAUGAUGGGAGAAGCAUGGCCACUUCACCAGAGUGGUGGGCUCCAUGGAGUACUUCUACACUCCACCAAAACUAAUUACAUAAUUAAGAGAAAGAAGGGACCCCUCUCCCCCAACUCAUUUGACUCUUUUAUUUUACAGGGGAAACUGAGGCCCAGAGAAUUAAAUAAUUUCUCCAAGAUCAUACAGGUAGUAAGUAAGGAGAUAGGAUUCAAAAUCAGGUCCUCAAGCCUCCCUAAACACUGACGUUGUUCCAAAGUCCAGAGGAUGGCUGGCAGCUCUACACUUCAGCCCAAGCUCCGGACGGCAAGUGUGUGUGUACAGCUGUCAUCCCUGUGCAGAACAGCUGUUCCCGUGAUGGCCGAAGCAGGGAGCUGAGGCAGCUCAUGGAGAAGGUCCAGAAUGUUUCCCAGUCCAUGGAAGUCCUUGAGUUACGGACAUUUCGGGACCUACAGUAUGUGAGGAAUACAGAGUCCCUGAUGCGAAGCUUGGACUCAAGGCUCCGGGCAGCUGAUGGCGCCCGCAGCUUGUCGGCCAAGAGUUUCCAGGAGCUGAAAGACAGAAUGACUGAGCUGCUACCGCUGAGCUCUGUCCUGGAGCAGUACAAGGCAGACACAAGGACAAUUGUGCGCCUGAGGGAGGAGGUGAGGAACCUAUCAGCAAGCUUAGCCGCCAUCCAGGAGGAGAUGGGCGCCUUUGACUACGAGGAGCUGCAGCAACGCGUGCUGGUGCUUGAGGCCCGGCUCCACGCCUGUGCACAGAAGCUGGGCUGUGGCAAGCUCACCGGAGUCAGUAACCCCAUCACCAUCCGGGCUAUGGGCUCCCGUUUUGGAUCCUGGAUGACAGACACCAUGGCCCCAAGUGCAGACAGUCGUGUGUGGUACAUGGAUGGCUACUACAAGGGACGGAGAGUACUUGAAUUCCGCACUUUGGGUGACUUUGUGAAGGGGCAGAACUUCAUUCAGCAUCUGCUGCCUCAACCAUGGGCGGGCACCGGCCAUGUGGUCUACAAUGGCUCCCUCUUCUACAACAAGUACCAGAGCAAUGUGGUGGUGAAAUACCAUUUCCGGUCACGCUCCGUGCUAGUCCAGCGCAGCCUGCCUGGGGCCGGCUACAACAACACCUUCCCCUACUCCUGGGGCGGCUUCUCGGACAUGGACCUCAUGGUGGACGAGAGUGGCCUGUGGGCUGUCUAUACCACCAACCAGAACGCGGGCAACAUCGUGGUGAGCCGGCUGGACCCUCAUACCCUCGAAGUCAUGCGGUCGUGGGACACGGGCUACCCCAAGCGCAGCGCCGGAGAGGCCUUCAUGAUCUGUGGCGUGCUCUACGUGACCAAUUCGCAUCUGGCCGGGGCCAAGGUCUACUUCGCCUACUUCACCAACACAUCGAGCUACGAGUACACGGACGUACCCUUCCACAACCAGUAUUCCCACAUCUCCAUGCUGGACUAUAACCCUCGUGAACGUGCCCUCUACACCUGGAACAAUGGCCACCAAGUGCUCUAUAAUGUCACUCUCUUCCAUGUCAUCAGCACAGCUGGAGGCCCCUAGGACCCCAUCUAGGGGGGGUGCUUCUGGGGAGAGGGGAGCCUCUCUCUGUUGCUGUCUUCCUAUUUCAACCUGUCUUUUUUUCUCUCAAUCUGUCUAUCUCUAUGUCUCUAUUUCAAUCUCUCUUUUGGUCUGCCUGUUUCUAUUUCAAUCUCUUUCUAUAUGUCUGUGUCUGUCCCUGUCUCUCUAUAGCUCUGUCUGUUUCUUUCUUGGUAAUUCUGGGUGCCUCUCUUGCUCUCUCUAUAUCUAUGCAAGGAUCUAUGGAUUUAGAUAUAGAUUAGAGCCUCUGUCUCUCUCUGUCUCUGUCUCCAUCUCCCCACCAGCCCCUGUCUCAUCCUGCCUAGGGCAUCUACCUAGGGAUUGACUGCAUGAAUCUACUUCUUUUUUAUUUAUUGCUUUUCUUUCUGGCUCAAUAAACAGGAACUUUGACAUUUUC